AUGGUAGGACGCCGCCUUUGCGUUCUACUCGUGGCGCUGACGCUUUGCUGCUGUUUCCUACCCGGAGUCCAAGGCUCAUGUCCGUCCAAAUGCAACCGCCACGGAACUUGCGGAAGCGACAACACAUGCACGUGCUUUCCUGGUUACACUGGCUAUGACUGCAACUCUCGAGCUUGUCCGAAAGGAGCUCCGUGGGUCGACUUUGCCACGGGUCAGGACUCGGUCCGCUCUGUUGCUCAGGAAUGCUCCAACCGAGGCUUCUGCAAUCGCAGCAGUGGGAAAUGCGAAUGUGAUGAAGGAUUCGCUGGUCCUGCUUGUGAGCGUUUGCAGUUAUGCCGUACAAAUUGUAAUGGCCACGGCAAAUGUUUGUCCAUGCGAGCGAUGGCGGCUACCAAGAAUGACUACAACCUCAUCUACUCGGCCACGUACGACACGCCCUGGGACGCUGAUCGGAUUUAUGGCUGCGUGUGCGAUCACGGCUAUACCGGUGCGGAUUGCUCUCUACGUCAAUGUCCGUACGGGGAUGACCCCAUCUCGACUGGACAAGUUGAUGAGGUGCAGUCCGUCUCCUGUCUUUGCAAUGGCUGCACAGGGACGUUUACAUUGAGUUUUCGUGGAGAGACAACGCGUCCAUUAGAUGGGAAUGUCGAUACGGCAGCAACUUUAAAGGCUGCAUUGGAAGACUUGAUAACGAUCCGUGGAGUAUCUGUCUCUUUGAAUGGAGGAACGACUUUGUGUGACUCGGACGGUGUAUCCGCGAUGAUCACGUUCACAUACGAACAUGGAGACGUACCGGCACUAGUUAUUGGUUCGUCACUCUCAGGGGGAACCAGCUCACUUACGGUGGAAACAGAUGGAACACAAGCCGCGUAUGGCCCCACUCCACCGCUGACAGUACGCGGAACCAAAGAGUGGCUCGAGUGCUCUGGUAGAGGAACUUGUAACACUCUUCUUGGUCUUUGUGCGUGUGCGACAGGCUUUGGACCCAGCGACGGAUUGGGUGGCUCAGGGAAUAUCCUGGACUGCGGAUACUACAGCGGUAGCGGCUUGACUACUUGCGCAGGAAUUUUCGGAUCGGUGACGCGCUGCUACAACCAUGGAAGAUGCCAGGGUGCACCGCUCUACCAAUGCUUGUGCGAUGAGGGAUUUGGAGGCUACGAUUGCUCGCAGCCCCAAUGCCCGACUGGACGGGCGUGGGUGGAAGAAGCAGCCACGAAUAAUGUCGCUCACAAUUCGAUUGUCCAGUGCUCAAAUGCGGGCCUCUGCAACAGUGCUGGUACUUGUAGAUGUCUUACCGGUUUUGAAGGAGCCGCAUGCAAUCGAAUGUCGUGUCCUACCAGUAACGGAGCUGUUUGCAACAACCGAGGAACUUGUCGGACACUUCGAGAGCUGGCAGCACUCACUCCCACCGCUACGUUUACCGCUGCAGGAUUCGUCUACGGAUCUGACCCCAACGCAUUAUCGACAUGGGAUGCAGAUAUGGCUCAGGGCUGCUACUGCGACAAGGUCCCGCUCGAUCGUGGAAAGAAUGUGCGUUAUUCAGGCUACAGCUGUGCCAAAACUCCAUGUCCGAGUGGCGAUGAUCCUUGGACGACCAACCAGGUGGACGAAGUGCAGACCGUGAGCUGCUCAGCUGACGGAGGGAGCUUCACUCUGUCAUUUCGGGGAGAAACCACUUUACCAAUCGCCUUCUCAGCAUCAGCUUCGGCGGUGAAAUUUGCAUUAGAGCGUCUACUCACAAUAACAAGCGUUAGUGUUUCCUUUGCGACCGGUGCAGUUGCUUGUUCAAGUGCUGGCAAUGCGAUGAGGGUGACUUUUUACUCGCCAUCGGGAGACCUACCGCUACUCAGCAUUUCUUCAGCGACAUUGACUCAUUCGACAGCCACUGUGGCCACAAAUGUUGUCCCGACUACUCAGGGCACCAAAGAAGACGCCAUGCUAGCGAAGCCUUUGGCCAAGUCGUUGGCCGUGUUGAUGAUCGUACCGAUCCCUGGUGACUGUAACUUUGAGCAGAAGUACACCGUAGCCAUGAGUAUGGACGAGAAAACGUUGAUCCCGAUGACGACAGUUAAACUGGACGCGAUGAAAGGUUUAGUGAAGGGCUUGGCGCAUGCAAGGUGCAAGACCCAGCUGGGAGAGUACAAACAGCGGAUUCAAUCAUUACUACAGCGUCCUCAGCAUCUGAAGGAAUUCGCAGGUCAUGUGGAGCGUGUACAGAGUCUCAAAUCCAAGCAGAAAGCGCUGGCAAAGAACACGAACGUGUGUACAAGAGAGCUACAAAGAGGAGACGGAAGCUGUCGAUGCUUCGUGGCCAGUCGUGUAGGCGAAAUGACUCAGCAGUUGGAUGCCAACAUCCAGCGUCUUGACGAACAAGUGCUGCAGCUGCAUAACCAGCUACAAGGAGGAUUAUUCGUCGAUGCAAGUCACUUCGAGGACCCUUCAGCGGUGAAAAGUGAGCUGGAGAGCGUCAAGCAGCGUCUCACUCAACUGGACGAACUCUCUAAGCAGUGCACCGAGUACCAGACUUUGUUCAACCUCAUGCCGUUUAAGUACCUCAACCUCCAGGCAACACAGGAGCAUUUUGCGACUGUGGAAUCUCUCUGGACAGCUGUUGAGAAGUGGAAUGAAUUGUAUCAAACUGCGAUGACAAGUCCUUUCUUUGAGGUGAAUACUGAAGAACUGUCGAAAGAUGCCGCUGUCGCUUUUAAAGAUGCCUACGCGCUGCAUAAGAAGCUGAGUAACGAUGUGACUGCUGUGCUUAAAGACCGUACAGCCGAGUUCAAGCUAAACAUUCCUACUCCUUGGUAUCCUGGAAUUCUCUUCACACUGGAGGACCUUGUGGCUUAUGACGUGCUGGAUAUGAAGGAUUUAGUCGGGGAAAUGUCGGCUGCAGCCUCGGGGGAAGCUCAGAUCGAGGCGUCAUUGCAGAAGGUCAAGCAUGGCUGGGACCAAAUGGAGUUCACGUGCGUGAUCCAUCGGGAACAGAACGACGUGUUCAUUAUGGGCAGUCUGGAGGAUAUUUUGAUGCUGCUUGAAGACAACCAGGUGAGUUUUCAAACGAUGAUGGGGUCACGGUUCGUUAUGGGGGUGAAAGUUGAAGUGGAACGAUCGAGUAAGCGGUUAUCUUUACUCUCUGAUACUCUGGACGAAUGGAUCUCGUGCCAACGUAGCUGGAUGUACUUGGAGACUAUUUUCUGUGCAGAAGAUAUUCAGAAGCAACUGCCAGUCGAAGCUCAAAAGUUUGCGCUUGUUGACAGAAACUUGAAGACAACAAUGUUACGGACCAAAAGCAAUCCCAGUGUCAUCCGAUCAGUUGAAGGUGGUCCAGAACUCUUGGAUAAGUUCCGAAUGUCGAACAGGCUCCUCGAAGAGAUCCACAAAUCGCUAGAAGACUAUCUCAAAACCAAACGGAUGGCUUUCCCAAGAUUCUACUUUCUCUCAAACGACGAGUUACUGGAGAUUCUCAAACUCCUGCACCCACAGGCCGUCGUCGUUGUCGACCGUGUUGUGCGUAAAGUUCUGGUGAAGACAGUGGCAGCGUUGUCGGUCGUGCUGGUGGAGUCGAUGGCCGUGCGUGACGUUCUGGUGGAGGCGGUGGUUGCGUUGUCGGUCGUGCUGGUGGAGUCGAUGGCCGUGCGUGAUGUUCUGGUGGAGUCGGUGGCUACGGUGCCGACGGCUGCCGUGUGGUGGAGGUUAUGUUCGUGUUCUUGGAGACCGUGGUCGCGUUAG